GACAAGCGAGAGGGUGUGGCAGCGUUCCUCGAGAAGAGGACGCCGACCUGGAAGACGGGCUAGUAGUACCUAAUAGUGCCAACACGUCGCCACCCUUAUGCGGUAUUGUCCGCCUCCAGUUCCUUCUUCUGCUCCUCGAGUUCCUCAAUCUCGUCCUCGCAAUCUCUGAUGGCGCGGUCAAUGUCGGCCAGCUGGCGCUCGGCUUGGUCGAUGGACUCUUUCAGAUUCAGCGUCUCCUCGUUUCGCUUCUCCUGGUCCUCGGAGCUGCCGCCGCUCACAAUCGGCUCCAGCUGGCCGUCCAAGUCGAUGGCAAGCUCCAGUCGGCUCUGGACCCUAUCCCGCAUCUUCUCCAGGUCUUGCCGGUGCAGCUUCCGAAGUUCGAUCGCAUCCUCGAGCAUGGCUAUGGUACUCGUCAUGAUGACUGAAGCUCGCGAUGGCGCUGUUCUGUAUGUGAUAAAGUCUGUUGCCGUCAGCUAUGGCCAUGUAUUCCGCGCUGAGUCCUUACCUGUAGCCGUAGCACGUUGGACAAUGGCGGUGUUGAUGUUUUGCUCGUCUUUUCUUCGAGUCGCUUCUUCAAGUCGCUCCUUCGUGUCGUGUUAUAUGAAUCACGGCCAAGGAUCCGUUCCUUUUGCUGCCUAAUGAACGAUGGCUUG